ACACAGCUCAGAUCUCUGGCAAUUCCCGAAGUUUCUCCACCGUCAUUUCUUCCAAGCUCUGUUAUUUUGACAAGCUGACGACUUGUUUCUCUUUCUAUCCUUCUUAAGAACACUUUGAGUGCAGUGUUAGAGAAUGGCCGCUGUCAAAGCGCUGCAGAAGUGGUGUAAGAUUCAAUGCGAUGGAUACAGAGAUGUGGGCAUCAGCAACAUGACCACAUCUUUCAGAGAUGGACUGGCCUUCUGCGCUCUUAUCCACAAAUUCAGACCGGACCUCAUAAACUUUGAGUCUCUCUCCAAAGACAAUGUGUAUUACAACAACCAUUUGGCAUUCCGUGUGGCCGAGGAACAUCUGGGAAUCCCAGCUCUUCUGGAUGCAGAGGACAUGGUGGCUUUGCCGGUCCCAGACAGACUCAGCAUCCUCACAUAUGUCUCACAGUACUAUAACUACUUCAACGGCCGCUCACCAAUAGGGGGAAUAGGAGGUAUCAAAUGCCAUGCUGAGAUCUCAAAGGGUAUGCCAUUAGAGAAGAAGAAUCAACCUGUGGUUGCCAAAAAUCACAAUCUCAAAACAAAUACAGAGAACUGUCCUCCACACACGGACAUGCUAAAAAAUAUCAGAGACAGCCAUCCUCCAUCUCUUAAUGUCCAGAAAACAAUUCCAGAGAAGCAUGUUCUAACCACUACACAGCAAACUGGCACAGACUGGCAGAAAUCUGCAGGGGCAAAACGAGUGCAAGCACCCGUCACCCCACAUAGAGCGAGAUCUCCACAGCCACACAGAGAUGUUGAGAAGAGAACUGCUUUGGUGGAAAGCUCAAAUAAAACAGGUACACUGAACAGUGAAUGUGCAGUAUGUGGAAAUCAUGUGCAUCUGGUCCAGAGACACCUGGUGGAUGGAAAACUCUAUCACCGGAGCUGCUUUAAGUGUACUGUAUGCUAUGGCACUCUGAAACCUGGGACAUAUAAAUUUGGAAUGGACACUGGCUCACUGGUCUGCACCAUUCACCAACAGACCCAGAGUGGCUUCAAGCCUACUGUUAGGCCAUUUAAGAGUAGUGGCUUUACACUUGCUGAACUGGGAUCCAAGUCUGACAAUGGAGGUCCGCUAACUUCCCAGCGCUACACCUCAGUAUUGUCUAUGCCCAUCAAGGCUUUUGCCAGAACGGUUGACUUGAGUCCAGUCCCACAGUCAUGGACUGCCUCUGCUCAGAGGACUCAGGCAGCAAGACAUAAGUUCUUCCAGUCCUGUACCCCAGCAGCAGAGCUUCACCCAAGUACAAGGCCACAACCAUGCCCCUCAGAGCCCUCCAUAAAUCAGAAUACGAGUCUGAAGAUGGAGGAGAAAGAUGAGACCAAUGUACUGAUCAAUAGGAAACUACCUGAAGGAAACUGCAAUAAUAACAACUCACUGAAUUCUCACCCAGGAACAGAGAGGCAGCUAAAAAUCAAAUGCCAUUCUGCUGAUGUCUCCAGCUGGAGGCAGGAGUUAAAUAGCCGUGAUGCAGUUGGAAGGAACUCAAUUCAGGUCACUCCAUUCACCCCUGCUAUCAGCAGUAGCAGCUUGAACACCAAGGAAUCCCUCUACCUUAGUGCCAUCAGCAAGAAGCAAUGCAGACCUCCAUCCUUGCUGCUUUCUACUGCCAAAGAUUCUCAGAGCAAAGAAGCCUCGGCCGACUGCAGAUCAAAGCCAAAGGCAGCUCCAAAUGUACCAGGACUAAAAUCUCAACAUUCUGCCAAGGAGAUCAUGUUAACUCCCGGGAAAAAUAAAAGUGACUUUACCUCCAGACAUUAUGAGUUCACAAUCCAAAAUGCUUCACAAGCUCCAAUCUCACCCAUAUUAAACAGCCAUUGCUCUAACCAUAUUGCUCAGCAAUCUGUAGUUGAGAAAGAGCCAGAGUUGGAAACAUGGGUUACCUGGGGUUGUCCUUUAAAUGGAGUGUGGUCUAUGACCUCUUGCCCCAAUCAACAACUCAGUCCUGUUAUCUCAUGUUUGGGUCAGACCUCUGAUGGGUCUGCUGGACAGGGUUCUAAAAGUGAAUGUCUCAUGUCCUCAUGUGUCUCACCCUCUCAUUCUCAUCACAAACCUUCAUCUCCAAAACAACCUCGCCACAGGUCGGCGAACUCAAGUUAUGAAAAUGGAAAAUUUACAGCUAAAAAUGGCUUGAAGGAUGAGACAAUAUCACCCACUAUAAAGCCUUGCCAAAUCCCAGCAGACCAAAUCACAGAAGGAUUGCAGGAAAUUGAGAACAAUCUUAAUGUUUUGGAGAAUAAGGGAGCAGAAUUGGAGAGAAGACUUCGAAUAUAUGAAGAAGAGGGUCAUGGGGACCUUCUGAUGGAUCCCUUGAUGGUGGACUGGUUUAACCUGAUUCGGAAAAAACAAAGCUACAAACGGAAGGAGUCGGAGUUAAUGUAUAUAGCAAGAACACAGGAUCUGGAGGAGCAGCAGCCAGGUGUGGAGGGAGAACUCAGGAGACUGAUCAAUAAACCAAGUAAGUGUGAACCAGAACAAGAGAAGAAGAGGGAAACUGAGCUGUUGAACAGACUGAUGGAGAUUGUGAAUGACAGGAAUGCCAUUGUUGAGGGACUGGAAGAGGACAGGAUAAGGGAGGAGGAGGAAGAUCAACAGUUGAAUGAGAUGAUGCAAAGACUGGGUGUCCAGAAGUUUAAAAACAAACACAAGUCGUCCUUCUCAAUGUUAUUUAGAUGGAGAAGUAAAAAAGCAUCAGUGGGGGAGUGAUCUUCAGAGGAACACGUGAAGUUGUCCCGAUGCUCAACUUGAUUCAGUUGAAGUUCAGACUUUGGACUUCACGUUCCGAGAUGGUUUAAAACAAGGGCUGGGCUGACUCUGGCUAAUUAAGCAGUAGCGGGUGUCAGCAAGGCUGUGUGACUUCCUUAUCAUAGCUGUGAAGCCUCCCCAGCAAACAUGGCUAUAAACAGAGUGGGCGUUUAUCAUCUCUUUUUCUCCACAGGGCCGUGCUGGACAACCACAACACAUAAUGCUGCUUUAACAACAGCAAUCAAAGCCACAUUUACUCACCCUGAACUACCCCCAAUAAAGUUGUUCCAUGAUAGUGCAAAAUAAGUAUGGAAAACAGUAUUACCCACAAGGGAUGUGCACAACUACAUAUUUCCAAAAUCAACUAGUUUGGUUGCCUGAACAACUAGUCGACUAACCAGUCUUAAAAAAGCCCUAUAAAAUUAGACUGGUUUAAGCUGACCAAGGAUCUGCAAAGCUGUCAUUGCUGCACGUGGAGGAUUUUUUGAUGAGAACUCUUUGAAGUAGUAUAUUUUUCAUAUAGUAGUAUUAUUUUUCAUGUUAUUAA